AUGCUCCUCAGGCCUCGACUCGUCCUACGCACCUCUCUACCUACCCUUCGUUCUCUUCCGAUCACCGCCCACCAGCGUCCAUCUCUCCGCCAUCCAGCACGCCAGCUCAAAACCCGUGCAUUUGAGUACGCCACCUCUUCAGAUCCUCCUACUGGUGGAGGUGGGCCUUCUGGGCCUUCAGGCGGUGGAGCUGGAUUCGAGUUUGAUGUGAGGCAGGGUGUAGAAGCAGAGACGUGGCCGGGAUUCACACUCAGGAGUCCGAAGCAAUUGGUGCAAUAUCUAGAUCAGUAUGUGAUCGGUCAAGAGCGAGCAAAGAAGAUCCUUGCGGUUGCGGUGUUCAAUCACUACAACCGCGUGCGGGCCAACCUCUCGUCUAGUUUCGACGGGGAAGCAGACGACGCCUUCUUUUCUCCCUCCGAACUCAAUACCUCUGGCAUGCCCGGUGUGCCAGGGACUGGUACACCGUUUGCCAGCCCGUUGCUGUACCCACAUCUGCAACCGAGGAGGCCAUAUAUCCAGCAGAGGGUGCCACAGCCCACGUUUGACAAGAGCAAUGUGCUUGUUAUAGGGCCGACAGGGACGGGCAAGACACUGCUUGCCCGAACCCUUGCGAGGGUGCUAGACGUGCCAUUCGCGAUGAGCGACGCGACUACUUUCACUCAGGCUGGCUAUGUCGGGGAGGAUGUGGAAUCAUGCAUACAACGACUGCUGCAAGCCGCGAACUGGGAUGUGAACCGCGCCCGAGUGGGCAUUGUUUGCAUCGACGAGUGUGACAAGAUUGCGCGAAGGCUAUCAGACGGGAACAGCAAGGAUGUCAGUGGUGAGGGAGUACAGCAAGCCCUCCUCCGCAUGCUCGAAGGCUCUCUCGUAACCGUCUCCAGCGGUGGUAGUGCCACCUCCCAUUCCCCGCCUCCACCAGGAGCGGCUUCUGAUCUCUCACCAGGCAACCCAGCAGUUGGCCGGGUGGGAAGGAGGACAAGGGAAGGGCUACCUGGACAUGCCAACAAGGCGGAAAACUACCAGAUCGAUACGAGCAACAUCCUGUUCAUCCUGUCAGGGGCAUUUGUGGGCUUGGAUAAGGUAGUACGCCAGAGGGUGGCCAAAGGGUCGAUCGGAUUCGACGCACCGCUCACUCGCGGCUCCCACGAUGGGAAGGAGACUAAGGUCAGCAAAGAAGAGGUCGGAAAGCAGUUCAUUCCUUUCUUCACGCCCAACGACGAAGCGAAUGAAUUCGAUCUGAUGGACCUCGUUGAGCCGAGUGAUCUUGUUAAAUAUGGCUUCAUACCCGAAUUCAUUUCCCGCCUACCUGUCCUUGCAACACUCCAACAUCUUCCACCGCGCCUAUUGCUCCGCGUCCUUACCGAAGUUCGCAACUCCCUUGUCUCCCAAUACGCUGCACUCUUCUCCUACUCCGGAGCGGAGAUGCGGUUCACAAGUGAGGCGCUGUGGGAGGUGGCCCUGGCGGCUGAGAAGAAGGGCACGGGCGCCAGGGCUCUGCGAGGAAUCAUGGAGAAUGUGCUGUUGGAGGCUAUGUAUGAUGUUCCAGGCUCGAGUGUUCGCUACGUGCUCAUCACCCCGGCCGUGGUCCGUUCUGAGCGGCAAGCCUUCUACUGGUCACGUGGGGAAGGCAAUCUUUUCUGGAGCGCUCUCGCCGAAGAGGAGAUGAAAUGGGCCGAAGGGAGAGGGAAGGAGUUCAUCGAGGAGGAUACCGCUGCUUCAAGUGCAUCUGAGCAGGGACAGGAAGAGUCAGAGUCGAUCAAGCCGUUGCGUGCGGCCGCUGGAGGGUCGAAUAUCCCUUGA